AGACGACUGGACAGCUUAGGUUUCCACGUGUUUGCUGGAUGUCUGACACAAGAUGGAAGGGAAUAUUUGGCCAAGAACUGCUCUAAACGUCUGGUCACCGUACAGCUUGAUAUCAGUAAAAAUGAGAGCAUCGAGGCGGCCCUACAACUGGUCAAGCGGACGAUUCCUUCAGACAAAGGUAAAAAAAAUGGCGAUACAACCUCAAAGAAUGGGAUUAUUAAAUAGAACAGGUAUUUCCUCAACUUCUGUGUCCAAGUAAGAGUUAAGGAGUUGCUCCUUUACUACAGUGCUGGACAAUUACAACAUAAUAUUCAGAAGUACUCAUUUCCUUAACUUAAUUUUGAGGCCAAAGUCUAGUAUUAAAUGACAUAUUUCAGAACCCCUUAGUCUAUUCAUCACGUUGCUAUGUUUAGAAUGUACUUGUUUCAAGAGACAGGAGUCUCGUAGUAGGACUUUUCUUGAUUGGUAUCAUCUGACUUUCUGACAGGUCUUUGGGGCUUAGUGAACAAUGCUGGCGUGGCCGGCAACCCUUGCGUCAGUGAGAUGUGUACACGAGAUGACUUCUUGACCGUGUACAACGUCAACGUGUUCGGCAUGGCAGAAAUGUGUCGUCACUUCCUGCCACUCAUCAGGAAGGCACGUGGUCGGAUUGUCAACAUGGCAAGCGUGACGGGUCGCAUAGCUUUCAUAAUGGCUCCUUACACGUCCACGAAGUGGGCAAUCGAAGCUUACUCUGAUGUCUUGAGGUAAAUCAACUCUGCCCUCCUAUCCCACCCAUUGCCCUUCACUUCAAUUUGACCUCUGAUUACCGAUUCGCCUUAACGCAGCGGGUCUCAACCUUCCUAACGCCGCGACCCUUUAAUACAGCUCCUCAUGUUGUGAUGACACCCAAACUUAAAAUUAUUUUCGUUGCUACUUCAUAAAUAUGUGUUUUCUUAGGCGACCCCUGUGUAAGGGUCGUUCGACCCCCAAAAAGGGGUGGCGACACACAGGCUAAGAACCACUGCUAUAGAGGUUCCAUAUCAACUAAAUUCACAACUCCCCACCCCAAAUGAAAUAAAAAUAAUCAAAUAAACACAAAAUAAAUGUUUCCUUUUAAAAUACAAAUAAAGAUUUCUUAGUACGAAAUUAAUUUAAAGCAAACGGGAGCUCACCAGACAGUUCUGAAAAUACAAGUUACUGGUCUUUGAUUUCGAUUGUGUGAGUAUAGAUGUAUUUUUUGUUGCUUAUUAAUAAGGACUUAUGUGGAUAAAAAUAACAAAAAAAUGUCUCCAAACAUCUUCUUCAGACGUGAACUCUACAGCAGGGGGGUCCGAGUGUCCAUCAUUGAGGCAGGGGGGUUCGUUACCCCCAUUCUGAAUGAAGAAAGAGCGCUGAGUUACGUCAGGCCUGCCUUUGACCGAACGCCCGAUGAAGUGAAGGUGGCAUAUGGUGACGUCAUUGGUAAAUGUAAGUAUUCAAUGGGCGUCAUAUGA